AUGGAGUACAUUUUAAAGCUGGUAUCAAUGUCACCAAUAUUCAUGCAUCGAAAUGCUGAAUAUUUUCCAGGCCCAGAAAAAUUUGAUUUUACUCGAUUUGGGCUGGAAAAUAAUCAAAACAAAAAUCCUUUUGCUUUUGUGCCAUUUAGUGCUGGUUCCAGAAACUGUGUGGGUCAAAGAUUUGCUAUGCUGGAAAUUAAAUCUACAUUAAGCAAGCUAUUGAGAAACUUCAAGUUUCUGCCUGUAAGAAGAGACAUGAUUUUAUCAUAUGACCUUGUAUUAAGAAGUUGGGGAGGAGAGUAUGUAAAAAUUGAAAACCGAAAAUGAUUUCUUUUCUCCUGUCUUCC